AUGAGGGCGAAACGGUCGAAGAAAUACCAAAAACUCAUGCGCCAGUAUGAGAUCACAUUUGGCUUCCGCGCGCCAUAUCAAGUCCUCGUGGACUCGCAUUUCCUUCAGUCUGUGUAUAAUUUUAAGAUGGAUCUUGUGCCAGCGCUAGAACGUACGGUGCAAGGCAAAGUGAAGCCCUUUAUUACAAAGUGCACUCUAGCAGCUAUUAUGGCUGCUCAAUCACCACAGAAAGGGACUGGCAGUACUCAACGUCAAUUGCGGCCUCCACAGCUCCCACCACCUACCGUGUUACCGCUACGAUACUGCUCGCAUAACGAAGACAGUACACCCAUUGACGAAGAAGAAUGUCUACUAUCGCUACUGUCACCUAACCCCGAUGCAAAGAGAAACAAAGAACACUUCAUAUUGGCUACGGCAGAUCCAGCGGCAGAGGCAACCCCUCAAUCAGAUCAGAAGCGCAAACAGCCUCAUUGGAUGCAAGCGCAGGAAGUACCGCGGCAGCAGCAUCUACGAGGACAGAGAUACCACCUGAGACGGGAUGCCAGACAGAUACCCGGAGUGCCGAUAAUAUAUGUUAAACGGUCUGUGAUGAUAUUAGAACCUAUGAGCGAGCCAUCCAGUGAUAUACGGGAAGGCUUUGAGAAGGGAAAACUCCGAAGCGGGUUUAUAGAGGCAGCUACAUCUACAGGUAAGAGGAAAAGGUAUGCUGAUGAGGAAGAUGGGGACGGUGAUAGUCAUGGAGAGUGGGUGGAAGUCAAGAAGAAGAAAGUCAAGGGGGUAAAUCCGUUAAGUAUGAAAAAGCCAAAACGGAGACAACAGGCAGUAGAAAAGCCGAAGAAGGCAGACGAGGACGCUACAAUGGGAGACGGUGGUGUCCAUGCUGGUGCGGAUAAAGGACCUGAAGAAGCAACCGAACAGACAAAAUCAAAGAGGAAACGGAGACAUAAAAAAAAGACUGAAGGGGCGGAGAAGAGGGAUACGGAUACCCCUAUCGCGGGUGCAGAGACAUGA